UUCCCCUGGGAUGUCCCCAACGCAGGAUCCAAAGUUACCGGGGUCAAAGUAUGCUGAUAAUGCCAGCCCCCUGGGGGUGGCUUUGAUGAGCGCCCUGAUCCUGGCACUGCUCUUCGUGGCUAUCUACAGUCUGUCCUACGGGGAGAUCUCCUACGACCCUCUCUACACAGUGUUCGCUGUCUUCGCCUUCACCUCAGUGGUGGAUCUUACCAUCUCGCUCCAGGAAGAUGGCUACGUGGUGGGCUUCAUGGAAUUCUACACCAAGGAGGGGGAGCCCUACCUGCGCACAGCCCACGGCAUCUUCAUCUGCUACUGGGAUGGCACCGUUCACUACCUCCUCUACCUGGCCAUGGCCGGCGCCAUCUGCAGAAGGAAGAGGUACCGGAACCUUGGACUAUACUGGCUGGGCUCCUUCGUCAUGAGCAUCCUGGUGUUCCUCCCGGGCAACAUCCUCGGCAAAUACAGCUCAGAGAUCAGGCCCGCCUUCUUCCUCACCAUCCCCUACAUGCUGGUCCCAUGCUGGGCUGGCAUGAAGAUCUUCAGCCAGUCCCAGGCGCCCACCUGCUGCAGUCCCAACAUGGUGCAGGAGGAACAGAGAAAGGGCCUCUGGCAGCGCCCGACAGACCUGGCCCUCAUCGUGUACCUCAUCCUGGCCAGCCUCUUCACCCUCUUUCGGGGCCUGGUGGUGCUGGACUGCCCCACAGACACCUGCUUUGUCUACAUCUACCAGUAUGAGCCCUACCUGCGGGACCCUGUGGCCUAUCCAAAGGUGCAGAUGCUGGUAUAUAUGUUCUACGUCCUGCCCUUCUACUACCUGGCUGUCUAUGCCCUCAUCUUCCCUGGCUGCUCCUGGCUGCCGGACUGGGCCCUGGUGUUUGCUGGAGCCAUCGGCCAGGCACAGUUCUCACACAUGGGUGCCUCACUGCACCUGCGCACACCUUUUACCUACCGUGUGCCCGAGGAUGCCUGGAGCUGCUUCUUCCUGUGCAACUUGCUCUAUGCCUUGGGCCCCCACCUACUGGCCUACCGCUGCCUGCGGCGGCCCGCCUUCUUCCUGCGCCCACCGCCCUCUGGCCCCCUGGCCCACCACAAGAAGCAGCAGUGAGGGGCUGCCCCGGACUUGGUUUAUCUGUCCAGCUAGCCCUGGCUCAGGAAGGUUGGGGUGGGUUUUCUAGGGAUGGAAGGGAUGUCUCCAGGGGUCUUUGGGCCUGGCAGUGGUGAUUUCAAGCCUGCAGGAGAGAUGGGAGACCAGGGGACCAGGUGUUCCCACAGAAGGGUCACGCUCAGUGGUGACAGCACCACAACCCCACAGCAUGCUCAUCUGCCCCUUCCCAACCAGCAUCCAUCGUCUCAUUAAUAAUAAAGCCCUUUUUAUCAA